AUGAAGUCCUUCUACCCCCUCGCGCUGUUUAUAAGUAGCACGGUGUGCAUCGUCGCAGAGCUUAGUGCGUUACCCAAAGAAGCGAACGUCACGGAAGGUAGCGUCAAUGAACUCGAGCACGAGCCUGCCAAGGAAAUGCAGAGGGGUUCCUCUUCCGACGGUAUAGAACAAGAAGAUCGGCUGAUUGCCGUACAAGGUGCUUUUGGCAAGGCCGAGAGCGGACUUGAGACAGGUCUGGCUAUACUUGGUGAUCGUGUCAGCGAACUGCUGAAGUCAAGCGAGACCAAGCAGCUCGAGUCGGAGGCUGUUAAGAACGAAAUCGCUCGUAUCGUUCCUUCGAUACACCCGGCUGCACAACGUUCCGGGUUUUAUUCAGACGAUGCACUCAAAACGCUCGUCGCAGAACAAGAGGUCGGUUCGUUCUCGUAUCACUACCUGAGGAAUGUCCUAAGGACCGUCGCCAAGACGCCGGAUCCAGAAGCGUACGCUGUAAUGUAUCAGGACCUGCUGCAGAGAUAUUUUGAAAACGACUUGGCUGUCCUGAUCUUGCGGGCUAAGGAUAUACCGUCGUCGAAGAUACAUGCAGAGAAGUUGGAUGUAGCGCAAUUUGACACGUGGGACAAACGCGGCGUGCAACCUGAAGCCGUCAAAUAUGGUUUGAUGCACCUUCCUGGAUUGGUACAAGUUCAUGAAAAAGAGGCUAAACGAAUUGCAAACAACUACAAGCUGUACAGGAGUAAUCUUCACAAAAUUUAA